AUGAUUUGCUCUCAACGCCGGUGGAGCCGGCAGCAGCUGCAGCAGCAGCAGCAGCAGCAGCAGCAGCAGCAGCAAUACUACAGGCCGCAGCUCAUGCUGCUGCUGCCGUCGCUGCUGCUGCAGCUCGUGCUGCUGCUGCUGCUGCUGCUCUGCAGUCGCGGGGCCCUUGCAGCAGAUACAACGGAGGUUAUCCGCCCUUCGGUCCACGCGGGAUCGUGGUAUCCUGGCUCAGGACCUGAACUCCGCGCUGCUGUCGAUGCACUGCUCGAUGGCGCCUCCACCGUAGAGGGCACAGUGAAGACUAUCAUCGUCCCGCACGCGGCGUUUCAGUAUUCUGGGCCGACAGCAGCGGUGGCGUACAAGCAAAUGUUGUCUCUUCAACGCACAGUGGUUUGGGGUUUACAGGAAGCUCUGCUGCUGCCGCCGGAGGAGUUUAGUGCUUUUGGUUCUCCCAUUGGUUCGGUCCCUCUAGACAGAGAGGCCCUGAGCGCACUGUUUUCUACGGGCCUGUAUGAUACCGCUCCCGCGGAGCAGGAGAUCCACGAGCAUUCAAUUGCGGUGCAGGUUCCCUUUCUGAAGAGAGUUUUGCCAGAAGGAGCGCUCUUGCUGCCCAUCUAUGUGGGGACGGUAGCUGAUGAGGAUCUCCCAAUGUAUGGUCUUGAGGAGCACAUUCAGAAAACGGGGAAUUUGAUUUGUGGUUAUAGCGCGUUGCAUUUAUUUUUGCGUGUCCUAGAGAGGGUGGCUAGCGCCUCGGGCUCACAACCAGAAAAACUUUUAUCUCCAUCUCUGUUGAAAUAUGCUCAAUCGGAUAACAUAAAGAACCCCACAGAAAAUUCCGUUGGCUAUGCAGCCAUCGCCUUUUUUAGGUCUUCUUAA